CACAUUUUAUAACUUUGUCCAGGUAAUAAUAUUGCUAGAGGUGGAACAGUGACUCAGUCCUCCAUGAGUCAUAAUGGCGUCCCUGAAAGGGCCAUUGAUGGAAAUCGUGCAAACAUCUGGAGAUACAACUCCUGCACCCACACAAGAGCAGAACAAAAACCCUGGUGGAGACUGGACCUCCUGAAGACAUAUAAAAUCACCACUGUCACCAUCACCAACAGAAGAGAUUGUUGCCACACUAGGAUCAAUGGUGCUCAGAUCCGCAUUGGCAAUUCCCUCAAUGACAAUGGCAAUGGCAAUCCCAGUUGUGCUGUUAUUUCGUCUCUCCGUGCCGGGGCCACCGAAACCUUUCAAUGUAAAGGAAUGCAAGGCCGUUAUGUAAACAUUGUGCUUCCUGGAGCGAAAAAAAUCCUGACACUGUGUGAGGUGGAAGUCACUGGGACAGAAUCAGAUGAUUCCACUGAAUAUUCCUGCAACUGAGUCAGAAAUAAUUCCUCAUACUCAUGUCCACUUAAUUUUAAAGCUAAUCUACAGGUAUCCAUGUUUUGGUUUCUUUUCCUUCAAUGGAAUAUUUAUACUUAUGAUCAAUGACUGUUGUAGCAAUGUUUAAUUGAUGUCAAUUCAGCUGACUGCUAUUAACAAGGUGUAAUCUAUCUGGACAUAGAGUAGCCUUUAAACGCCCUAGUGUGUCCUGGUGUGUCCUGGCGUGUCCUUGUGUGCCCUGUGUCCUGGUGUGUCCUGGUGUGUCCUGGUGUGCCCUGGUGUGUUGCUAAAGAAAGAAAUAACUAAGUAUUGACAAAAUGUUUCAGAAAGUUUUCUCUGACUCAACCUUGUUAUUCGUGUCAUUUCUUUGAAUAAAUCAUUUAUAGAUUGA